AAUCCACCAACCAGUAUUGUGCUCCAGUUGUUCUCGAAAAGUAGAAGAACUUUUUUUUUUUUUUUUUUCGCUUCUAUCUUCCACAUUCACUCGGCAGUUUUCCUUGAUAAGUUUUGCCUUUACUCCACGAUGACAGACGCCACAGCCGCCGGUGCCGCCGGUGCAUCGAAUGAACCCCCAGCGACCAUUCCAUACUACGAGAAAUCAAAACAGCACCUCAAGGAGCUUCUGCAGAAGAAGCGACUUUUGGAAAAGCAGCUGGCUGCUCGAGAAGAUGCCAUCUACCAGCGCGAAACCGAAUACCUCGACAACACCCCGCAAGGAAACAUUAUCACGGGCUUCGAUAACUACACAAAAGGCAUCACCGGCGCUGCUGCACAGAGGCGAAAGACGGGACUGACAGAGACGAAUCGUGUCUUCUCGAGGAGCUCUGUCAGCUACAAUCCUAAUCAUCCGGAAGCACAAACCCCCGGUUCGACAAAUUCCAACCCCGCGUCCCAUGCGCCAACACCCUCGGCGUCCUCGGUCAAGGACGUGGCCUCGAACCAGCCGACUCCGACAUCAGCUACGGCCCCCAAGUCGGGUACUAACAAGAGCAAGAAGAAGACCAGUGUCUCUGCCGCUGCGUCUGCAGCUGCAGGGCCUGAAGAGAGCGAGACGGAUGGUAAGGAGCCCAAGAAGGUUCGGACUCACUUUGGCGCUGUGAAGAAGACAUGAUGAUCAUACUGGCCUUUGGCACCGGUCAUUUCCGAGGCAGGACCAGAUUUCGGUUCAUGGGAAAAGGGCUUUUUUUUUUCUCUUGUUUACUUUUGUUGGUGUUUAUACCUGGAUAAUAGCGCGGCGUUGGGAUACCCUGAAAGAAUUUACGUGAACCGAGAACGACCUUUUGCAAUGCGGAGCAUCGUUACAAUCAGACUAUGGAGGAGAAGUAGGUUCGAUUGGACCGCUGCAACCUAGAAUGAAACAAACGUUGAGCAUCUUACGUGCCGGGCCGAUGCACACACAAGCAGUGCUUCGCUCCGAACAGCGCAGGCAGGUUCCGCUCAAGCCUUUCCAUGCUUUAGUGCGGGGUGCGUGUGGUGUCAGGGGUCUCUUCCGUG